AUGUCUGGACCUUACGAUCACAACCAAGGCUACCAAGGCUACUAUGGCCAAGGUCAAGGCCAGUACCAGCAGGGCGGAUAUGCUCCCCAGCAGGGCGGAUAUCCUCCUCAACAAUACAAUGAGGGCGGUUAUCCUCCCCAAGGCGGCUUUCCUCCUCAACAAUACAACGGCUACGACCAGGGCGUCCAUCAGCACGGUGGAUACCCCCAACAACAUGAUCAGCAACGCGCCGCUUCAAACGACUACUAUGGCCAAGAGCAACAGCAAGGACAUUACGGGCAGCAAGGACAUCACGGGCAGCAGCCUCAGUAUGGCCAGGAAGCUCCCGGCGACGCCCAAGAGGGCGAGCGCGGUCUCGGUGGUGCCGUUGCUGGUGGUUUAGCAGGAGCAUUUGGCGGUCACAAAGUCGGUCACGGAAUACUCGGCACAAUUGGUGGCGCCAUUGUGGGCAGUCUAGCUCAGGAUGCGCUGAAGAAGAAGGACCACAAGGACGAACACCAGAACCAAGGGUACUACGGUGACCAGCACUCUCAAUACGGCGGCUCUCAACACUCCGGCCACUCCUCAAAGUUGACCGACCAGCUCGGCAGCUUCUUCAAGAAAUAA